ACUGGCUGGCACUCUGCGGGCUGCGCCAUAUCUUCCUCUUCCCUUUUGUUUGAUGGCAAUGGCAUAAUUAAAAUUGGUCAUAAACUUAAAAAAAAACGAUUUUGUAUGCAUUUGAGUUCGAGACAAUGAAGCGAUUUUUCAAGCCAAUAGAAAAAGAAGGGUUUGCAAAGAAACCAACACUUACGCACGAAGACACUGAAAAGAGCCCAGAAGAAAAGAACGGUGAAAACAAGCAGAAGAGGGAGCCGUUAAAGUUUAUUACGUGGAACGCUAACAGCUUACUUAUUCGGGUCAAGAAUGACUGGCCCGAGCUCACCAAGUUUGUCACUACAAUUGAUCCUGAUGUCAUUGUCAUUCAGGAAGUAAGGAUGCCUGCUGCUGGCUCAAAGGGUGGGCCGAAAAACCCUGGAGAGUUGAAAGAUGACACGAGCUCUUCCCGUGAGGAAAAGCAGAUAUUGAUGCGUGCUCUUUCUAGUCCACCAUUUGGAAAUUUCAGAAUUUGGUGGUCUCUAGCAGAUUCAAAGUAUGCAGGGACUGCAUUGUUAGUUAAGAAAUGUUGUCAGCCUUUAAAGGUCUCUUUCUCUCUAGACAGAUCAGCUUCAAAGCAUGAACCGGAUGGACGGGUUAUUUUAGCUGAAUUUGAGUCGUUUCGUUUAUUGAAUACAUAUUCCCCAAACAAUGGGUGGAAAGAGGAGGAGAACUCAUUUCAGAGGAGAAGAAAAUGGGACAAAAGGAUUUUGGAGUUUGUUGUGCAAUCAUCAGAUAAACCUCUUAUAUGGUGUGGUGAUCUAAAUGUUAGCCAUGAGGAGAUCGAUGUGAGCCAUCCUGAUUUUUUCAGUGCAGCAAAGCAAAAUGGUUAUGUUCCUCCAAACCAAGAGGAUUGUGGGCAGCCUGGCUUUACCUUGAACGAGAGGAAGCGCUUUGGUUCCAUUCUAAGAGAGGGAAAGCUGAUAGAUGCAUAUAGAGUUUUGCACAAGGAGAAAGAUAUGGAGCGCGGCUUUUCAUGGUCUGGAAACCCAAUUGGAAAAUACCGAGGGAAAAGGAUGCGAAUUGAUUAUUUCAUAGUUUCGGAGAAACUCAAAGAUAGGAUUGUAUCAUGUGAGAUUCAUGGGCAAGGAGUUGAAUUGCAAGGUUUCUACGGAAGUGACCACUCCCCAGUUUCUUUUGAACUUUCACCGCCUUCCGAGGAGAGUUAAUAUUCAUGCAUGUUCGUUUUCUGAUUAUGCAGGUAUUCUAAUUUGUAGAUGUAUUAGAUGGAACUCUUCAUUAAGCCAAUUCCAUGGUUUUUUUCUAGUGCUUUAAGUACCAAUCACGGAUCCAACCAUUAACUACAACUAGUGGCAUAAAAGAGCAUUUUGAGCUCUGGAUUGUCCAAGUUAGGCGGAAUUUAAUGUAAAAAAGUAUAUUUUGAGAAUUUGUUUAAGAAAGAUAAGUAUAUAAAUUUGAUGAAAUAUGUUCAACCA